UUUAUAACCGGGUAUCAAAGUAAAAGUAUACAAUUGUAGAGCAGAGUAUUGUCUGUUAUUUGCAUCAUUAUUGAUGUGAAUUUGAACCAUGUCCUUGUUUCGAACACGAGAAUGGUGGAGAACAGAAUGCGGUGGCGGUCAGGAAAUAUUUGACGGCAAAAAUCUUCUAGUCGUGCCGCUGUUUGGUGAGGAUAAAAAAGAUAUCAUUGUUGUAUCGAGUCACAGUGGAUUCUUGAGAUUGUACAGUCCGACAUCUAAGUGGGAUGACGAAAAUGUCAACCCAACUGGCUAUCAAGUGACGGAUUUGAUUAUUGAAUCUCGAGUCGCUGAUUGCAUCAUUGAUGUCAAAGCUGGGAAAUUUGUGUCGGGUUCUCAGGAUCUACGAUUGGGUAUUCUGACACCCAGCAAGCUUCUCGUAUAUGCAGUUACUUUUAGUCCAGGAUCAACUGAGCAUGGCGAUCGAUGUAUCCUGGAAGUAGUUUAUGAGCAUGAAUUACCGCGUUUUCCGGCAUCGCUGAUAGCUGGACCUUUUGGCGGUGCUCGAGGCCGGGAUUUCUUCUGCGUUCAGUGUCUUGAUGGCACGAUGCUUUUCUAUGAACAGGAAAUACAUACAUUUCAUCAAGUUUUAAAAGACCGUUUGCUACCGGAGCAAGUUGCAUAUGUACCAAGGAAUGAUGUUUUUAUUACGUCGAGUCCUGGAUGGCUGCUUGAAUGUUACAGGUAUCAGAAUAUCGCAGAAUUUGGUAGGCAUGAAGAAGAGCGAAAAAAUCGAAUGGAAAUGAAUGGAAAAGUCAGUAGUGAUAAUGGAGAUAACGAUAACAGCAUAAAGUGGCUUGAACCUGACUGGACUUAUAAUCUCGGGGAAGCAAUACUGGGUAUUCAAACAGUGACGUUAAGUAGCUUUGAGGUCGGAAUUAUCGUCCUCGGUGAGAGAAGUCUCUACUGCUUCCGUGACAAUUGUACGAGUGUUAAAUAUGCUAAGAAACUUGAUUACAGCCCUGUGUCUUUUCACGCUUAUGUAAUUGAGCCAGACGGCAAACUGAUGGUUCUUGUCGUCGCCGACACGGACACCCUGCUGGUUUACGAGGGCGCAACACUAAAGUGGUCCGCGCAAUUGCCUUUCACACCUGUCGCAAUUGUACGCGCACAUUUUCAGCAUUUAGAAGGAGUUAUUGUCAUUCUUUCUGAAGAAGGACGGUUAGAAGCCUGCUACCUCGGCGCCGAGCCGUCUCUGUUUGUCGCACCACCUCUUCAUUCCCGGGGAUUCGAUUCGAAAGCUGCUGAAAAAGAACUACUGGAACUAAGGAAACUUUCUAAAAAAGUUAGCUCAGAUAACAUGACAAAGGCUGUAAUGGAAUCAGAGAUAACGAUAAAGUCAACAAUAGAUGUAACCAAAGACCCUCAGCUCAAUACAGACGGAGAAAUAAAAGAUUACUCGUCAAUGGUCUCGUCGCCCAGUUGCAAAAUAAAUAUCGAGUUGUCAUCAUACACGAUUAUUAAAGACGUCGAAGUAAAUCUUCAAGUUGUCAAGCCUUUGCUAGUAAAUGAAGACUUCUAUUCAUUUCCUAGCUUACGCGAUCGUCAACAGAUUUCCGUAACCGUUAAUAUAAACGGCAGAGAAACAGUUCUGUCAUCAGAUUUACGACUUACGGCAUCUUACGAAACUGACAAAGGCGAUUUGAGAGUAAUUGAAAAAAUAAUUCAAUUGCCUUUGAGAAUGUUCGUCCGGAUUUGUUCGCCAGAAAACACGACAACUUUUUCUGCAACUUUUAAACCAUCAAAUCCACUCCUUAAUUUUAGUCAACUUUUUCCAGAAUUAUUAGUCGACUAUUCACAGCGACAGUCAUCAUCUUCGACUUCAAAUGCCCUGGGGUUACGUCAUAUUAAUUCAGGACGAGUUGUAACAAUAGUAUUAGGCACAAAUACAAACCGAUACCGCGUGCAAUCAAACGACGCGGUCUCGAUGACCCUGAUAAUCCAGCAGCUGUUGAGCAGACUGUCUUCCCGACUUAACCCCAAUCCGACUCCGGGAAAUAUUGUCGCUUCCAUCAGUCAGAAUAAUUUGCAGCUGGUCCAGGGGCACAUUGAGUCCCACUUUGUGGCUCGUCAACAAGUUCACCAGAUCUCGAAUGAGAUUGCAUUGCUGACAACCCAGCUGAGGAAUAUAGAGAAGCGAAUACUUCAGAGCAUGCGGGAAAGAAACUCGCGAUCCUUAACGUCAACUGGUCUUUCGAUUCUCUUAGAAUCUACUUAUCAAUUGAUGUUCACGCAAUUGAAUCAACUUGAAUCAGCACAAAUGGAACUUCAUCGAGCCGCACAUGAACUGUACGGCAGCCUGAGAUUAGUCCUUUUGCUCUCGCGGACAAACAUCACAGAGGAUGAUAAGUACGGAUUACUCGAAGCUGCAAUCGGCUUUGAACCACAGCCACGUGACAGUAUUGAUUGGGAGGAAAUAGCAGAGGUGACAUUGGCGGCGCUUUUGCGUGGAACUUCAAGAAAAUCUGAGCAUGAGUCAUCGGUGAGACAAGUCAGCUGGAACGAAUUCAAAACAACCAGGGAUUUAGCUAAACUGAAGAAACGAUUUAUCCACGCUGUUGAUCGGCUUAAUAAGCCGUCUGAUGACAAUAGUGUACUUCAAGAAGACGAAUAA